CCAAAACCCUCAAAUCCAUAAACCCUAGAAUUACUUUCCAUCCACCUGCUCCUUCCUUCUUACUGAAAAAAUUAUCAAUUUUUCCCUGCAAGAUCUCAACUUUAUUCAAUUCCGCAGUAAUUCAGAAUGGAAGCGAAGCUUGACUCAGCAAAGAAAGAGGUUCUUGCUGAAAUCGUAAAGUUGGCUCAAAAGCGGGAGAUGAGAGGAACUAAAGGAGGGUGGAAAGAUUUCUUGAGAUCCUAUGACAAGAAGCUUGGGGUUAGCUUGAGUGACCCAUCAAAGAGGUCUGUUGAUGUGCUGCUGGCAUUUUUAAAGACGUUUAGCGAAGAUGACUUAAAGUUUUUUGAUAAGGUGUUUCAGUGUCAUUCAAACCGAGAUGCUGUUGAGCAGCACCAAAAAAGUUCCCCAGACAGUGAAUCUGCUGAACAGAGACUGGUUCGUCUAACUUUUGAGCACCCUCAAUAUCCGAUAGAUUACUCAUUUCCAUCACACGAGGAGGACUGGUUAGUCACCAAAAGGAGUAAAAAGUCUAAUUUCAUUCAAUCAAAGGCUAUGGUUGCAAUUGAUUGUGAAAUGGUCCUCUGCCAAGAUGGUACUGAAGCUUUAGUCAGAAUCUGUGCUGUGGACCGUAAUUUAGAGGUUAAACUCAAUGAAUUUGUGAAUCCCAACAAACCAGUUGCAGAUUACAGAACUGAGAUUACUGGAAUAACUGCUGGAGAUUUAGACGGAGUUUCUUGUUCAUUGGCUGAUGUACAGACGUCCAUGAAGAAGUUAUUAUCACAUGGAACCAUAUUGAUUGGCCAUAGUUUACACAAUGAUCUUCGUGCUUUGAAGAUGGAUCAUGCAAGAGUGAUUGACACAUCAUAUGUAUUCAAAUAUCAGGGUCAAACUUCUAAUAGAAGACCUUCUUUAAGUAACUUGUGUAAGUCUGUGUUAGGGUUUGAACUUCGAAAGAUGGGUUCUCCUCAUAAUUGUCUAGAUGAUGCAUUUACUGCAAUGAAACUUGUUCUUGCCAAGCUUGAAUGCGGAGGUGAUAAUAUCGUACCAUUGGUUUGUGAGGAGUUGCAAGAGCCCGAGACGUCAAAGCUGCUUGUCCAUAGAAUACCAGCGGCUGUUCAUAGCCAAGAGUUGCACAAAGUUAUUCCUGGGGACUUCACUGUGGAAGUUAAGGCUAAUAAAAAAGGGCAAUCAGACAAGUAUUCUGCUUUGGUCAACUUCAAAAAUCAGCAUGAGGCAAAUGAGGCAUUUGAUAAGCUUGAAGGCAACCAAGAUAAGGAUACUGGUGGACGACCACAGAAGCUCGUUUCAUUUCAUCUUGAUUCCGGUGUAUCAGGGUCUUUGUAUGUUCGUAAGAUGGCUACCAAUAAUUAUUCUAAAGAUAAAGAGCUUACACCAAAGAAGAGGUCACUUGAAGAUGAAGAGGCUGCUGUAGAGUCAAAGAAACCGAGGACAGAAGACCAAUGUACUGAACUCAAGGAGGUUGCUGCUGCAGGUUGUAAUCAGUGUGAAACUCAUUUGAAGGAGAUUGAGAGGCUAAAGAAAGAAUUAAGUCACAGAGACGAAGAAAUCUCCAACUUGAACAAACUCAUUGUUAACCUUGUGAGAAAACAAGGAUUGUAACUUUUCGAUAGAUUUUAUGGGCAACAUCCUGCUACUGGAAAACAGAUACGAAUACUAUUUCGACACCAGAGACCUAUGCUUACUUCAUGAAGGUCAAAGAGCAGAUGAAGAAUCUCCCUCAUUGUUAAUGGAGGUUUUCUCUGGUGCUCUAAGUACGAUGUUGAAUAUGAUAACCACAUCUGCAGCGAAGAGUCUUACUAGAAGGGCUGAUAGUUUUUUUUUGAUUCACUUAUUUGAUUUUUUCCUCCUGAAUUGUAGGCAAGAUCAAUGGUAACAUUGUUUUCACCUUGACUUGUUCCAUCUCUUUAAGCUUAUGAACAUUUAAUCUUCUUUCAA